AUGAGGGCCAAACGUUCCAAGAAGUAUCGCAAGCUUAUGCAUCAAUAUGAACUCGCUUUCGGGUUCCGUGAGGCUUACCAGGUGCUGGUGGACUCGAACUUCCUCCGCGCCACUGACUCCUUUAAGAUGGAUUUGAUUCCUGCACUUGAGCGAACAGUCCAGGGCAAAGUCAAGCCUCUAUUGACGAAAUGUUCACUCGCCGCUAUCAUGGCCGCGCAGCCCAUCAACCCGAAAACAGAAAAGCCCUACAGACCUUUGUUCCUCCCCCCGCCAACGGAACUGCCUCUCCGCCACUGCUCUCACAACGCGGAACACACGCCAAUCGACGAGAUCGAAUGUCUCCUCUCUCUGCUAUCCCCGAAUGCAGACUCAAAGAAGAACAAAGAGCACUACAUACUCGCAAGCGCAGACCCAAUUUUGAAGAAGCGAACCCCCAACGAUGAGCAGCGGAAAUACAAGCGCGAAGAUGAGCGCAAAGAAGAAGAGGCCAUGCGCCGUUCUCGGGCUUUACGGUCCCAGGCCCGCUCCAUCCCCGGUGUGCCUAUCAUCUACGUCAAGCGCUCCGUCAUGGUCCUCGAGCCUAUGAGCAACCCCUCCGAGUUGGUCCGCGAUGGCGUUGAGCGAGGAAAGUUCCGCGCUGGACUGGAUGCCGAUCCUAUGCUUGGAAAGCGCAAGCGUGAUGGAGAGGAGGGUGAAGGCGAAGAGUCGGCCGAACCUAAGAAGAAGCGUGGCCCGAAGGUUAAGGGUCCUAACCCGCUUAGUAUGAAGAAGCCCAAGAAGAGAACCGAUGCGCCUGCACCGACACCAAAGAAGAAGGUCGACACGGAUGUCUCUAAGGAUGCGGAUGCUACUGAGCAGCCCGAUGGCGAUGAGUCUGCUGCUAAGCCGAAGCGGAAGCGCCGUCACAACAAGGGUGGUUGGCAAGGAGAUGAGGAGCCUGUUGAGUCAAAUGAUGCGCCUACUUCUAUGGAGGUUGAUGCUUGA